CCACACUGAUACAGUCCCACUAGGGUUUUUAAGACUUGUACUACGCAACUCACACUUAUCUCUGCCGCUCCGGCUAGGGUUUACAGAACCCCACAAUUUUUGUCUCUCUUUCUCUCUCUCUAAGUUUAUUGUUGUUGUAAGAUCUAAUUAUGGAGUUAACCAAUAACUAGGGUUUCCUGGUUGCUUCUGAAACUCCAAAAGCUUCGAGCUUUUACAUCGCUAUGUAUCUGUAAAAACAUAUAUCGAACUAUAUAACAAUGGCGACCACAAACCCUUUUGAUCUUCUCGGCGACGAUGACAACGACGACCCCAAUCAGCUCCUCCAGAAGCUCCGUCCCCUCCGAAGAAAGCCACAGCUCCGGCUCAGUCCGCCGCCGCUACUCAGCCGGCUAAGCUGCCCUCCAAGCCUCUCCCUCCAGCUCAGGCCGGACACUCAAAACCUUGUCGUGGAAAGACGGGAAGAACAACCUGUGAAUCCUGUCUCCAUGAACACUUUUGAAUACUUAUAUCUAAAUCUUAGGGUCUCAACCUCAGUUCUCUGUUUGAAAAGCAAAUGGUGAAACGAUGACAACCCUUCUCAGUGAUAAAUGUACUAAGUUAUUGUAUGAACAGUACAAAACUAGGUUAUUUGAAGCCACUGCAAGUACCAAAUGGCAGUGCUGCUCCAAAGUCACGCAUUCCUCAAAUAGUGGCUCAAACACUGGGUUUUGGCCAAAAACAUAAUGCAACUGUUGAUAUACCGUUGGAUUCAAUGAAUGAUCCUAAGAAAAAGGAGAAGGAACUUGCAGCUUGGGAAGGAAAUUAAACGAAGGGAAGAUACUGUUUCCAGUGCUGGUGUCCCUUCAGAUGAUAAAAACUGGCCUCCAUGUUUCCCAAUUAUUCAUCAUGAUAUAGGCAAUGAAAUUCCUGUUCAUGCUCAGAAGUUGCAGUAUUUGGCUUUUGCAAGUUGGUUAGGCAUAGUUCUUUGCCUUGUAUUUAAUGUUAUUGCUGUGACAGUUUGUUGGAUUAGAGGUGGAGGUGUAAAAAUAUUUUUCCUGGCAACAAUCUAUGCUCUACUUGGAUGCCCUCUUUCAUAUGUCCUAUGGUAUAGGCCACUUUACCGCGCAAUGAGGACGGACAGUGCAUUGAAGUUUGGUUGGUUUUUCCUGUUCUACUUGCUCCACAUUUGUUUUUGCAUAUUUGCUGCUAUUGCUCCUCCUAUCGUCUUUCAUGGAGAGUCAUUGACGGGCAUUCUUGCAGCAAUAUCAGUCUUCUCUGAUCAUGUGUUGGUGGGGAUUUUCUACUUAAUCGGAUUUGCCUUGUUUUGCUUGGAGACACUUUUAAGCUUGUGGGUUCUUCAGAAAAUCUAUAUGUACUUCCGAGGUAACAAGUGAU